AUGAGUGAGGGCCAGAAGUUCCAGUUGGGGACGGUGGGUGCUUUGAGCUUGUCGGUGGUCUCGUCUGUCUCCAUUGUCAUUUGCAACAAGGCGCUCAUUAGCACUCUCGGUUUCACUUUUGCGACGACAUUAACAAGCUGGCAUCUUUUGGUCACAUUUUGCUCCCUUCAUGUGGCGUUAUGGAUGAAAUUGUUUGAGCACAAGCCUUUCGAUGCAAGGGCAGUAAUGGGGUUUGGCAUAUUGAAUGGGAUUUCCAUUGGACUUUUAAAUCUUAGCUUGGGUUUCAAUUCUGUUGGUUUCUACCAGAUGACAAAAUUAGCAAUCAUUCCUUGCACCGUCCUGCUGGAGACCCUGUUCUUCAGGAAGCUAUUCAGUCGAAAUAUCCAGUUUUCACUACUGAUCCUCCUUCUGGGUGUUGGAAUUGCAACUGUGACUGAUCUACAGCUCAAUAUGUUGGGCUCUGUCUUAUCACUGCUUGCAGUUCUUACUACCUGCAUUGCUCAGAUUAUGACAAAUACCAUCCAGAAGAAGUUCAAAGUUUCUUCAACCCAGCUUUUGUAUCAAUCUUGCCCCUAUCAGGCUUUAACUCUGUUCAUCGUCGGUCCAUUUCUAGAUGGGCUCCUAACGAACCAAAAUGUUUUUGCUUUCAAGUACACCCCUCAAGUCCUGUUCUUCAUCGUUCUCUCGUGCUUGAUAUCGGUCUCUGUAAAUUUCAGUACAUUUCUGGUAAUUGGAAAGACAUCUCCAGUCACCUAUCAGGUCCUCGGUCACUUAAAAACAUGCCUAGUCUUGGCCUUUGGCUAUGUUCUGCUUAAAGACCCGUUUAGCUGGAGGAACAUUUUAGGCAUCCUUAUUGCUGUAGUUGGAAUGGUGCUGUAUUCCUACUGUUGCACGUUGGAGACCCAGCAGAAGUCUCAAGAGCCCUCAGCCAAACAGCCUGAGGGGAACGAAAACGAAUCGGACCCUCUAAUAAACGCGGAAAAUGGAAGCGGAAUGACAGCCGAUGGUGGUGCCAUAAUGGCCCCCGCAUGGAAGUCGAACAAGGACCUGCAUGCAUGA